AUGGGUCCAUAUCAGCAGCCUUUCACGAAGAAGAGGGUCAGAAUUGAACUCCCGCCGAAUGAGAAUACGAUAACGACAAUGAGUUCGCUGAAAAAAGCUGCCUGUGUAACAAGCACCUUCAUCGAGUCGCUAGUGUUUACUGGGCCGCUUUUGGGCUGGUCAUCGCUUGCAUUCUGUCUGAAAAGCGAAGGCUACUUCGAUACCUGUAGCCAGCCUGUUGAGAGCGUCCAUGUUUCUGCCUCCGAGAGCUCGGAGCUAGAGACGACGUCUCUUUUAAUCAACUCCUCCGAGCAUUGUUCAGUCGAGAAUGACACCAUCUGCGCAGACCAAACGAAAACCAUCAACGACCUGUAUACAUACGCAGCCAUCAUUUGCAACAUAUAUUGCCUCGCUUCUGGCUAUCUGCUUGACAAGUACGGAACUUGGAUCUCGCGCUUCCUAUCCUGCCUUUUACUUACAACUGGUGCGAUGCUGAUGGCUAUUUCCACACCAAGUAGUAGUUAUCUAUACUACUUUGGCUUUCCGAUGAUGUCUUCUGGAGGAAUAGCCCUGCUUGUCUCCAACAUCCAAAUUGCGAAUCUUUAUCCCAGCAAGCGCGGAGUAAUCAUCACCGAGAUCAACGGCUUGUUCGGCUCAUCCUCUGCGGUCUUUUUAAUUGUCAAAAUGCUCUACCAGAGUGGAAUUCCUCUGUCGCGGAUCAUGAUGUCGUACGGUCUGUUGAGCCUCCUCUGCCUCGUCAAGACAUUUCUCCUCAUGCCCAGGUACAACAUUCCCUUCGACGUGCCACCUGGCUUCGAUUUCGGUCUUUGCGAUCUGCAAUCCAAGAAAGAAGUUGACGAGAGGAAGGUCGACUUGAGCAAGAAGUCUGAGAGUUUCUCCAAUUCUGCAAGCUCCAUGCUCUACAUUGGAUUUCUGUUGUUCUUCGGAAUCUUACUGCUGCGCCUCAAUUAUUUUCUGUCGUCUUAUUUUGCCUGGCUUUCUGAUCUAGUCAGACGCGUCAUUCCCGACUGUGAUGCCCGCGCAGAGUACAUUUCAAAGUACGUCAAUAUUCUUGGUACGGUUCAGCUGCUCGAAGCGGUCACAUACGCUCCUCUAAUUGGCGCUUUCUUCGACUAUCUUCGGCGCUUCAUCAGAAGGCGCAAUGAAAAUCUGCCUGAAGAAAUCAGCUCUCUAAAAGCGAAUUCUGUCUGUCUCUUUAUCUGCCUUAUUUUCGGCGUUAUAUCCACAAUUCUGCCCUGCAUCGACAACAUUGCAUUACAAACAGUCACGAUCGUAUCACUUUGUCUCUACCGCUGUUUUUACGUUGGAACCAUAGCUACCUUUUUAACAUAUGCGUUCCCGGUGGAGCACUUCGGCAAACUGUAUGGAAUCGCUCGCGUUGUCGGUGGCUUCUCAACUUUUUUAUCAAAGCCAAUUUUCGCCGCAGUUGUUGAAAACGAUAAUGCUUUCAAGGAUGCAAAUAUCGACUUUACGAUCGCGCUCAUACUUUGCUUCGCCCAACCGAUAAAUAUCUAUCGCUGUGCGAUGAAAAAAGAAAAAAAGUUCAUUGAUGAAGAUGAAAACAAUUUGGAAACAAGUUUCAUUCAGAAGAAUCACAAGGUGGACCACCUAAACUCUUCCGUCAUGCUCAACUCGCUCCAGUCAAUUGCUGCCUAG